GCAAAAAUUUCUCAUGCCGGGUACACACCAAACGCGUUUGGAGCAGCCAAAGCAGCCAGUUUACAUGCAAAGUCUCUGCAGCUGAAGCGUCGAACACAAAGUAUAUAUAUACCAAAUGAACCAUAUGUAUGUUGUGCACCCGGCCUGCACUGUUCUGUUAUUUAUGUGACCCAAAUUUGGUAGUUAUUUGACUUCCUUUCUAGUUAGUAUUUUGCCGUUCAAAAUUGGAACUUUACACAGUAUAUAUUACCCUAAAUUUCUGUUUAUUUUAUCUUUGUGCAUUUACUGCAGACUGAAUUUAGAAUUCUGUGAAGUAUUUAAUUUUAUUCUUUAUAGCUAGUCGACUGAUUUCUUCAUUGUGUUGUUUUACUCUUGUUAACCUACAUAUGACAAUAUAUGAUUCCUGAAAUUUCAUGAAACAUAUUUCAUAUACAUAUGUCAAUGCUUUUCCCCAGAGGCUGUAUGCUGCAAACGGUGGAAGACACUUCGUGACACCUUUGCCAAAGGAGUGCAAAAAGGAACGUGACAGACACCGGAGCGGUGCUGGAACAGAUUCAAGUCCGAAAUGGAAGUUCAUGUCGGUGCUGUCC